AGCGAGCCCGCGCUGAUGGCAGAGCUAUGCGGAGGAGUAUCAUCGUGUAUGCGGAUGUAGCAGAAACUUUCCACGGCUUCUCCCGCGGGGAUGUGACCAGGAACCAACACUGGAGGAAGAAGGUUCAGCGACAGCAGCGCUCCACGGAGGGAGUAGCCUAAAAUGUGGAUGAAGUGACAUUUAACCGGGCCGGUUAAUUACUGUACUCGAAGACCGAGCAAACUCCGCUUUUUUCUGAACAUGGCCGUUCGUGGCACCUCGCUGAUGCCGUUCUCAAUCCAAGCCAUCCUGAACAAAAAGGAUGACAGCCGACACUUGCCAGCUUUGGACAUGUGCUUCUCCAACACGGCCUGCUGGAAAAUAUUUGGGGAGAUGGACGGCGGAUCUCGGAGAGAUGACGGGGAAGCUUGUGAGCCGACGGACCAGAAAAGCUACGACUCUGACUCGGGACUCAGCGACGACAACGACAGCAAAACUGCGGCCGUGUGCAAGUCGGAGAAGGACGGAGAUCCUGCGUCGGAUGUGCCAGAGGAAAGUCUACAGGAGGAGACGGACCACGAGUCCGCAGCGGCGGAGAAUGCAAAGAGUGACAGUGAGCCCAAUAAUGCUACGGACUCCAGCACCCUGGACGAGAAAACCCUGGACCAGCCCAAACAGCGGAAAAAGCGCUCCCGAGCCGCCUUCUCUCAUGCGCAGGUCUUCGAGCUGGAGCGCCGAUUCAACCACCAGCGGUACCUAUCCGGGCCGGAGCGGGCGGACCUGGCGGCCUCCCUGAAGCUCACAGAGACUCAAGUCAAGAUCUGGUUCCAGCACCGCCGGUACAAAACAAAACGCCCCGCCGACCUUUUGGCGUCGACCCCGGCGGCCAAGAAGGUGGCAGUGAAAGUUUUGGUGCGGGACGACCAGAGACAGUACAGCCCAGGAGAGAUCCUGCGGCCUCCGCUGCUCUCCCUGCAGCCGUCCUACUAUUACCCCUAUGCCUACUGCCUCCCUGCAUGGACACUCUCUGCAUGUGCCGGGAAUCAGUGAGGACUCGAUGACUGUAUUUAUUUGUUUUUGGUUUUUUUUGCUCCCAGGAAAUCCAACCAAAUAUACUUUUUCUGACAAGAGGAGGAGACAUGACGGGACUUUUAUUCUGCCUCAUCGAGUUGUACAGGCCAGACCGAGGGUUCCCAACCUAAAUAUGUUUCCCCCUCACUCUUAAACGACCCUUUCUUUCAUUUAGUAAAAGUCUGUCCCGAGGAACCCUUUUCUAAUGAUUUAGGCUCUAAAAUCAUACCUGCCUGUACUGUAGGUGAGCAGGGAGACUGGAUCUCUUGAUAAAACGUCAGCAUAAUAAACUCCCAGGAGUCACAAAAUAAUAAAGUAUUUUCUCUCUUUGCUUGGGAGCUCCUCAAGGACCCUUGAAGACCCCGGACCCUACUUUGGGACCCAGAGGCCUAAACACAUUAUUGGUUUCUAUUUGACAUGCGCCUUCCUACCUCUGCAGUGAUUGGAAAUAGGCAUAUUCCAUUUACUUUUCAAAUAACUGUCUCUGUUACAGGCUGUGUUUUUUUUUCUUGCUGUGUUUGUAAAGGUGGGAUAUUUCAGCACUUUUGAUCAUAUCCGUUCCAUUAUUUCAAUGUAAAACACAUAGUGUGUGGUCGUACAGUGUGUGUCGGCCUGAGACGAGGCGGUUUGUUGUGUUGUUGGCCUGAACGUGAACGUGUGGCAGGAAGCAGGCUAAAACAGACCAACUUCUAAAUGAAAUGUACAUGUGUUAUUUGUGUUGAAUGACUGUUUAGAUCGGAAAAAACAUUAAAACAUAUCAGGCAUUA